GCUGUAUGAGAUGGAGGGCGGGCUAAAGGCGGGACGAGACUCGAUUGAGCGCAAUUAUGACCAAUCACCUUGCGGAAUAUUGGCCUAUAGCGAAGGAGGAGCUCAGAACAAAAAGGAGACCCCACCCCCGCCGACGGUGAAAACCUAUGAAACCUGGGCGGAGGCGUGCGGAGUCGGGUAGAGAGCGAAAUCACGCCUCUUCAGUCAGCCACGCCCUUUAUUCUUGCUCGGCCUCGCCACAGAGAGCAAAUCAGUCCCGUUUGCCACCAUGGGGAUGUACCAAGUGAGACGGAGUAGGGGGAGCGAGUGGUGAUUGACGCGCCAGGUUACUGGCCACUGCUCACCUAGGCGCUAGCAAACUUCUGCCAAGAUCGGAACUGAGUACUAAACAGCCUCCACAGUUCUCCCUGGUGCCGUCUCCGGCUUGGCGCCGCAUCCUCCUCUGGGCUCGCGAUGGCCGCGUCCCCUCCCGCUGCGGACGGGUCCUUUGGUACAUGCAGUCCGAGUCACUAUUCCAGGUCCUCAGGAUAUAGCCGUGACCUAAACACAGAAAUCUACCCUGGCGGAGCUGAUCUUCUAGUUGUGGCGGUGAGGAGAUAGACAGUAAAGACUAAAGAAACCAAUAAAUCGCCAUGGAUCGGAUGAAGAAGAUCAAACGGCAGCUGUCAAUGACACUCCGAGGUGGCCGAGGCAUAGACAAGACCAAUGGUGCCCCUGAGCAGAUAGGCCUGGAUGAGAGUGGUGGUGGUGGCGGCAGUGACCCUGGAGAGGCCCCCACACGUGCUGCUCCUGGGGAACUUCGUUCUGCACGGGGCCCACUCAGCUCUGCACCAGAGAUUGUGCACGAGGACUUGAAGAUGGGGUCUGAUGGGGAGAGUGACCAGGCUUCAGCCACGUCCUCGGAUGAGGUGCAGUCUCCAGUGAGAGUGCGUAUGCGCAACCAUCCCCCACGCAAGAUCUCCACUGAGGACAUCAACAAGCGCCUAUCGCUACCAGCUGAUAUCCGGCUGCCUGAGGGCUACCUGGAGAAGCUGACCCUCAAUAGCCCCAUCUUUGACAAGCCCCUCAGCCGCCGCCUCCGUCGUGUCAGCCUAUCUGAGAUUGGCUUUGGGAAACUGGAGACCUACAUUAAGCUGGACAAGCUGGGCGAGGGUACCUAUGCCACCGUCUACAAAGGCAAAAGCAAGCUCACAGACAACCUUGUGGCACUCAAGGAGAUCAGACUGGAACAUGAAGAGGGGGCACCCUGCACCGCCAUCCGGGAAGUGUCCCUGCUCAAGGACCUCAAACACGCCAACAUCGUUACGCUACAUGACAUUAUCCACACGGAGAAGUCCCUCACCCUUGUCUUUGAGUACCUGGACAAGGACCUGAAGCAGUACCUGGAUGACUGUGGGAACAUCAUCAACAUGCACAACGUGAAACUGUUCCUGUUCCAGCUGCUCCGUGGCCUGGCCUACUGCCACCGGCAGAAGGUGCUACACCGAGACCUCAAGCCCCAGAACCUGCUCAUCAACGAGAGGGGAGAGCUCAAGCUGGCUGACUUUGGCCUGGCCCGAGCCAAGUCAAUCCCAACAAAGACAUACUCCAAUGAGGUGGUGACACUGUGGUACCGGCCCCCUGACAUCCUGCUUGGGUCCACGGACUACUCCACUCAGAUUGACAUGUGGGGUGUGGGCUGCAUCUUCUAUGAGAUGGCCACAGGCCGUCCCCUCUUUCCGGGCUCCACGGUGGAGGAACAGCUACACUUCAUCUUCCGUAUCUUAGGAACCCCAACUGAGGAGACGUGGCCAGGCAUCCUGUCCAACGAGGAGUUCAAGACAUACAACUACCCCAAGUACCGAGCCGAGGCCCUUUUGAGCCACGCACCCCGACUUGAUAGCGACGGGGCCGACCUCCUCACCAAGCUGUUGCAGUUUGAGGGUCGAAAUCGGAUCUCCGCAGAGGAUGCCAUGAAACAUCCAUUCUUCCUCAGUCUGGGGGAGCGGAUCCACAAACUUCCUGACACUACUUCCAUAUUUGCACUAAAGGAGAUUCAGCUACAAAAGGAGGCCAGCCUUCGGUCUUCGUCGAUGCCUGACUCAGUUGCCGGUGGACAGCAUGGCCGUGCCAGCCUCCCACACUGAGGCCAGGUCUACCCCCCAUCAUACCAGCCCCCUGGACCACUACCCCACGGCCAGCCAGGGGUCCAGAGCUAGCCCAGGCUGGGGAUCUCGACUCAGACAAGAUGGUGACAAUGCCUUGAGUCUGAGGCAUCCUCUGCCUGCUUUCCUGCCUGCCCCACCUGCCUCAUAUUGUGUGGGCCUUUUUUUUGUUUGUUUCAUUCAUUGUUUUUUUUUUUUUUAAUUAUUUUAAAUGAGAUUUUCGUUUUUUUUAAAUGCAAUAUCUCUGUAUACAGACUGGCUGGGCCCCACCCCCUGCGUGUGGCCCUCCCACGGUAUUUUGUGCAAUGAAGCCCUGCUCCCAGCCUUUCAGAGACAGGGACACAGCCCCUAUUUGGAACCCUGAUCAUCACCAGACCCUGGGAUUGGCUAUGGGAAAGCAUGCCACAGCCACUCGCCUUCCUACCCCCGCCCGCCAUCCCCAGCUGCAGGGGGAUCUGGGGACUACCAGAGACUCUGGGAAAUGGACAAGGUGGGGGGCCCCACUCUUUCUCUCCUGCAGUCCCGUAGCUGGGGCCUCCUUCCUUCUCAGGGUCUCCCCAGCCCAGUCCCCUUGCUCCCAUCCCACUCGGUGCUGUUGGGUAGGGGCCCUGCCAGGAACUGACCAGCUCAGCGAGGAGCCAUAAUGUGCAUAUGUGCACAAGCAGGGUUGGGGGAGGGGGGUGUGAGGGGUUGUGCCCAGGUGUUGCCCCCUAUCUCCUGGGGAGGGUGAGGCAGGGCAGGGACAGUCUCCAGGGUCAGUCCCUGGAUGGGUGGUUACCUCCCCUUCCUCCACCCUAAGCCCUGGGGCCCUGAAAUGGGGUGGGAGGGCAGGGGUGGGAGCCCUCCUAGUGGGUUUGGGGGGUUGGGUUCCUGAAUGCACCAUAAUCGCUGUAUGAAAUAUUAAAAAGUCUAAAGUGAAAA